GUUUCUGGGCGUGCGGCGGCGGCGGCGGCGGCGGCGGCUCGGCGGAGCUCGGUCAGCAGGUUCACCUCUUACAUAAGCUGUGUUUUCAUCCGCAGGGUGACACUUUGGCGUCCAACCGAGCCAAGCAGCCCGGCCGAGGGCCAUGCAGUGAGGCAGAGCAGCGCCGGACGAGCCCGAGGAAGAGGAGGAUGAAGAUGGAGGAGCGGAGCCUGACUGACAGCCAGUCGCGGAUUAUCUAAUUCAUCAAUGGACCCGCACUGAAAAAAAAAAAAAAAAAAAAAAAACACACUAUAAAAUUCCUAUAAUAUUCCUAUAGGGACUUAUAGUGUGCUCAGCGGGGGCGACGUCGAGGCGCCGGCCUGCAUGGCCUCGGUGGCCGCCGGGCUCUGGGCUUCGUCCGGCUGCUGCUCGCACUCCAGACUGUCCGCCAACGGCACUCUGAAACCCGCGGGGCGCUCGCCGGCCACCAUGUCGUCCAGCCGCAGGUGUUCGGGCGUGUCGGGGCUGGCGGGCGGAGCCGUGUCCCCGGGGCCCGUGCUGGCGGAGGUGGUGGAACCCGGCGGUGGCGGUGGCGGGACCUUUGCGGCGGCGGCGGGGGCGGGCGGCGGGGCGGAGGCUCACCGGGAGCUGUUUGAGGCCUGUCGCAACGGAGACCUGGAGCGAGUCCGCAAGCUGGUGACGCCCGAGAACGUGAACAGCCGAGACACGGCCGGCAGGAAGUCCACGCCGCUGCACUUUGCCGCAGGUUUUGGUCGCAGGGACGUGGUCGACUUCCUGCUGCAGAGCGGAGCCAACGUUCACGCCCGGGACGACGGAGGGCUGAUCUCCCUGCACAACGCCUGCUCCUUCGGCCACGCAGAGGUGGUGAACUUGCUGCUUCAUCACGGCGCCGAUGCAAACUCAAGAGACAACUGGAACUACACCCCGCUGCACGAGGCUGCCAUCAAGGGCAAGAUAGACGUCUGCAUCGUGCUGCUGCAGCACGGCGCCGAGCCGACCAUCCGGAACACAGACGGCCGAACAGCUCUGGACCUGGCAGAACCGUCCACCAAGGCAGUGCUGACAGGUGAAUACAGGAAAGAUGAGCUGCUGGAGAGCGCGAGGAGCGGGAACGAGGAGAAGCUGAUGGCUCUGCUGACGCCGCUCAACGUCAACUGCCACGCCAGCGACGGACGCAAGUCGACUCCGUUGCACCUCGCUGCAGGAUACAACCGAGUCAAAACUGUGCAGCUCUUACUGCAGCACGGAGCCGACGUGCACGCCAAGGACAAGGGUGAUCUGGUGCCACUUCAUAACGCCUGUUCAUACGGACACUACGAAGUCACCGAGCUGCUGGUCAAGCAUGGAGCCUGUGUGAAUGCGAUGGACCUGUGGCAGUUCACUCCUCUGCAUGAAGCUGCGUCCAAGAACCGGGUCGAGGUGUGCUCUCUACUGCUGAGUUACGGAGCCGACCCCACCUUCCUCAACUGCCACAACAAGAGCUCCAUCGACCUGGCGCCCACCUCGCAGCUCAAAGAGCGGCUCGCCUAUGAGUUCCGAGGUCACGCUCUGCUGCAGGCGGCCAGGGAGGCCGACGUGGCGCGAGUCAAGAAGCACCUGACCCUGGAGACCAUCAGCUUCAAACACCCACACACUCAUGAGACCGCACUGCACUGUGCGUCCACCUCCCCAUACCCAAAGAGGAAGCAAGUGUGUGAACUCCUGCUGAGGAAGGGCGCCAACGUCAACGAGAAAACGAAAGACCUGCUGACCCCUCUCCACCUGGCGUCGGAGAAAUCCCACAACGACGUCAUCGAAGUUCUGGUGAAGCACGACGCCAAGGUGAACGCCGUGGAUAACCUGGGUCAGACGGCCCUGCACCGCGCCGCUCACUGCGGUCACCUGCAGACCUGCCGGCUGCUGCUGAACGCCGGCUGCGACCCGCUGCUCACCUCGCUGCAGGGCUUCUCCCCGUCCCAGCUGGGCAACGAGAGCGUGCAGGAGAUUCUGCAAGAGGGAGUGCUGAUCGGGAACUCGGACAUCGACAGGCAGCUGCUGGAAGCCUCCAAGACCGGAGACCUGGACACCGUCAAGAAGCUCUGCACGGCGCAGAACGUGAACUGCAGGGACGUGGAGGGUCGACAGUCGACGCCGCUGCACUUCGCCGCCGGCUACAACCGGCUGGCCGUCGUCCAGUUCCUCCUGCAGCACGGAGCCGACGUGCACGCCAAGGACAAGGGCGGUCUGGUUCCCCUCCAUAACGCCUGCUCUUACGGUCACUACGAGGUGGCCGAGCUGCUCGUUCUGCACGGCGCCGUCGUCAACGUGGCCGACCUGUGGAAGUUCACGCCGCUGCACGAGGCCGCCGCCAAGGGCAAAUAUGACAUCUGCAAACUGCUGCUGCAGCACGGCGCCGACCCCACCAGGAAGAACCGCGACGGCAACACGCCCCUGGACCUGGUGAAGGACGCCGACACCGACAUCCAGGACCUGCUGAGGGGCGACGCCGCCCUGCUGGACGCCGCCAAGAAGGGCUGCCUCGCCCGCGUCAAGAAGCUCUGCAGCCCCGACAACGUCAACUGCAGAGACACGCAGGGGAGGCACUCCACCCCGCUGCACCUGGCCGCGGGCUACAACAACCUGGAGGUGGCGGAGUAUCUGCUGCAGCACGGAGCCGAAGUCAACUCGCAGGACAAAGGCGGCCUGAUUCCCCUGCACAACGCCGCCUCCUACGGGCAUGUGGACGUGGCGGCUCUGCUCAUCAAGUACGACGCCUGCGUCAACGCCACGGACAAGUGGGCGUUCACGCCGCUGCACGAGGCGGCGCAGAAGGGCCGCACGCAGCUCUGCGCCCUCCUGUUGGCUCACGGCGCCGACCCCGCCCUCCGCAACCAGGAGGGCCAGUCGCCACUGGACCUGGUCACGGCUGAUGAUGUCAGAGCCCUCUUGACGGCGGCGAUGCCUCCCUCAGCUCUUCCUGGUUGUUACAAGCCUCAGGUCAUCAGCGUGGCGGCUCCGGCUCCCGGAGGCCCACCCGUCGCCGUGGUCCCGCCCCUCCUCUCCUCCUCUCCAUCCUCCUCCUCUCCCACCUCCUCCAGCCCUGCCCCUCCCCUCCUUCUCCUUCCCUCUUCUUCCUCCUCCUCCUCCACCAUUCCGGAUGCCUCUGCCGCGGCUUCGACCGGAAGCAGCAGCACUGCCGCCACUGCUGCUACGGCUUCAAACCCUUCAUCGUCAUCGCCGCCGCCGUCAUCAUCGUCAUCAUCGGCGUUUCCUGAAAUGUCAGCGCUGCUGUCGGCGGCUGAGAGCUCGCUGACAGAGAAGAAGGAGGAAGUUCCCGGCGUGGAGCUCAGUAUCUGUCAGUUCCUCAACAACCUGGGACUGGAACAUCUGCUGGAGAUCUUCGACAGGGAGCAGAUCACUCUGGACGUGCUGGUGGAGAUGGGUCACAGAGAGCUGAAGGAGAUCGGCAUCAACGCCUACGGACACCGACACAAGAUCAUCAAAGGAGUGGAGAGGCUCAUCAGCGGGCCGCAGAGUCUGAACCCCUACCUGACGUUGAACACAGCGAACAGCGGGACGAUCCUGAUCGACCUGGCGGCCGACGACAAGGAGUUCCAGUCUGUGGAGGAGGAGAUGCAGAGCACGAUCAGAGAGCACAGAGACGGCGGCCAUGCUGGAGGAGUCUUCAACAGAUACAACCUGCUCAAGAUCCAGAAGGUCUGCAACAAGAAGCUGUGGGAGCGAUACACACACCGCAGGAAGGAAGUGUCCGAGGAAAACCACAACCACUCCAACGAACGCAUGCUCUUCCACGGCUCCCCGUUCGUCAACGCCAUCAUCCACAAGGGCUUCGACGAGCGCCACGCCUACAUCGGCGGGAUGUUCGGAGCCGGGAUCUACUUCGCCGAGAACUCGUCCAAAAGUAACCAGUACGUCUACGGCAUCGGAGGAGGAACCGGCUGCCCGCUGCACAAAGACCGCUCCUGCUACGUCUGCCAGAGGCACCUGUUGUUCUGCAGGGUGACUCUGGGGAAAUCCUUCCUGCAGUUCAGUGCCAUGAAGAUGGCUCACUCGCCGCCGGGUCAUCACUCCGUCACCGGCCGGCCGAGCGUCAACGGCCUGGCGCUCGCCGAGUACGUCAUCUACCGAGGAGAGCAGGCCUAUCCGGAGUAUCUGAUUACGUACCAGAUCGUGAAGCCUGAUGCAUCUGCGGAGGGAUGAGGAGGAAGAGGAAGAGGAGGAGGAUGGAGGAAGAGGAGGAGGCGGAAGUGAAGUGUAGAAGAAGAAGAAGAAGAAGAGCGUUCAUCUCAGCCUAUCAGUUGAGCCUUGGCUUUACUAACUGCAUGCACAGAUAAACUUUAUUUAUACAAUGUAUAAAACAUUUGGGUUUCUAUCAGAUGCCUGUUUUUUGGUUUGUUUGUUUGUUUGUUUUUUGUUUUUUCUAUCGUUUGUCACUUUGGUUGAUGCACUUUAUUAACCCUGGGUUUGAUCACGGUGUGAUGUGGCUGUCCGUUUGUCUUUUUGUUACUGACGCGGCGUCGCCCGGCUCGUCAGGACAGCUCUCUGAGAAAGGAUGUGUCGCGUUCAGGUGCAGCUGUGGACCGUCCUGUAGCCGAACGUCCACCCGUCUGUUCCCCUUCAAAAUAAAAGGCUCGUUCUAACCUCAGCGGGGUGAAGCGGCGCUCACACUCCCACUACAAACUGUAGUUAGUCCCAUUUAAAAUCCUGCAAGCGAUGAAAAAUGUCUUCAUUUCCGGUGGCAAAGCGAUUAAUUCUGUGCCGAGUUCAUCUUCUAGUCUAAAAUUUGCCGUGACAUCACUGUGUUCAGCCAAUAGGAGCUCUGCUGGGCGGAGUCAACCAAUCAAACAUGGAGGUGAAACCUGUCCCCCCACCCACCCCGUCCAUCCAUCUGCUGGCAGGAUAACUCACAAAGUCCCAGAGGGAUUUGAGCCAAACUUGGUAAGAAGUUUGGUCAUUGGCCAGCGAAUAAAUGACAAACAUCACAGACCAAUCGGCCUUAAGGGGGCGUGGCAAUGGGCGGAGCCUAUAGCAGACCAGGCUGUGGUUUCCAAACAUGUAAACCUGAUGUGUUAAGUGUUUGGUCAUCGGAAGCCUGAAGGCGGACGAACCUGUGAGCCAUGACCACUGUUACCCAAAGGGGGCGGGGCUUAGCCUGAACAGGGCUGCGUCCCAGGUGGCGGUCUGCGCUCCGAGUGCCUUCCCGUUCCAGUUUUACUGGCCUGAGCGCCGUCCGACUACAAAAACCAACAGAGGAGAGAAGCUGCACAUCGGCAGCUCACCUCCAGACGGGCAAAGAUGAUUCAUCACCUUAGAAAGUAACGUUAUCUUUAACGUUAAUGUCACACUUCAGACCCCGUAUGAGCUCACAGACCGCUCACUGUUGGUUAAAAAUAGAUCUGACCUCACACAGUGUUUUUUUUCUCAGCUGCCAUUUUCUGAAAUUACACAGAAACCCAUCACAAUCAUCUGUUAGACUCUCAGAACGUGAGCACCUCAAAGCCUGGAGGUGAUUGUGGUUGUUUUAUUUGUCCUGAACGUGUUUUUUAAAAAAUGAGAUUGCAGACCGGAGCCCAGAGGAAGACCACAUUCAUCUCUCAGUGCGCUAUUUAAAAAGUGCAGCUGUUAGCAUUUCUCUCUGUUGAAACUAAUUCAGCUUUUCCACUUUUUCAUCAGCUGACCAAUCACAGCAAGAAAAUCAGAUACAGAACAGUGUUGUUAUGGUUACAGUUUGUCAAGAACAACGCUGGAUAUACAUAUUUUGGGGGGGUUUUGGACACUGAAAAAUGCCUUGUCUGCUUUUUUUCCUCUCUGAAAAACAUGGUGGCAGCUGAGCUAGAGUUUGUCUAGUUUUCCCAAAUCGUUUCACUCGAUCAGCCGUGGAAAUUUUUCCCAACUCAUACAGGAGCACCAAGUCAUUAAGUGCCAAAAUUACAGUUAAAAUAAUAAUAAUAAUAAUAACAGUAAUAAGCCGCUAUCGACAUGCAUCGCUGUGAUAAAACCGCCGGGUAACGGGACGGAUCCUCUCUCAGAGCGAGCGUUUGCCGGGUCGGUGCUACCUGGCAGCGCUCGGGGCGAAUCCUAACGAGGUGAAGUACUUAUUUUACGAAGAUGUUGUGUAUAUAUAUUUUUUUGUACUAGCAUGUUAAUUUAUUGACAUUUGUAAUGAUGAUACAAAAAAAAAAAAAAAAGAGUUCUAUGCCUGAGUUUGGAGGCAACCUGAGGAAUUUAAUUUCCUCCUGCGGGGCUUCAUGUUUACUCCGUCAGCCUCGACGAGAAACACCUUUUGAUUGGACAGUGUCGCAACGAUCAGCCAAUUACAGCGUGCGUAAGCCUAAAUAUACUUAUCAUCAGUUUAUAAGCCCACUUUAUACCCACACACACACACACACACACACACAUACAUUUUUCCACUGCAGAAGCCUACCAUGCUGCUAAAUUUUCCCGUGAUUGAAAAUCGCAUAUAUCCUCGCAUUUAUUUGCACUCCGUUCUAAUUCUGGUGCAGAUCCAGAAACUAGGAAGCUACUGGGAAAUAGCAGCGACCAGAAUUUUGAAAAAAGGAUAAGAAAGCUGUGGUGAAAAGGCGACAAUGGCGGUGUUUUGACGCGGUUUUAUUACAUCUCACCAAAAAGAAGAAGAAACAGAAGGUGACGCGUUUGUUCACCAAGCGGCCCGUGCUUCUCAUUUGCCUUCUGAGUUUAAUUUUCCCAGAAUAAAGCAACGGAAACAAAUUCGAAAGAGAGAUGAAGCCGAGCCGCAUCAAAAAAACAAAACAAAACAAAAAAAACAGAAUGCACUUCAGUGUUUCGUCCACUGGGGGCAGUGCUGUGCACCUGAAACAGAG